AUCCACUAACAAUUAACACCUCCGCACGUUUCUACAUUCUAGUCAAACUGAGGAUAUUUUUCUAGAUAAGAAACAAGAAGAUAAAAACUCAUCAAAUGACUGAAACAAAAAAAAUCACUCAUCAAAUAGGUAAGGCCUUAAUAAAAGAAUAUAUGUAUAGGACUUACAUAUUUGCAAUUUGUCUAUAAAUAUAAUAGGGUAUUGUAAGCUCUAAAGCCUACUUUCAAUCUUCCCAACACCAGAAAAGAAAAAUGAAGAUCUCUUUCUCUUCUAUUCUCCUCAUACUAAUUGUCAUUUUCAUCACUUCUUCUGGAAAUAAUAAAAUGGUAGGAGAAGCAAAGAAGUGUUUUGCUGGGUGGACAUGCGAAGGAGAAGAUGAGUGCAGAGAAAAGUGCAUUGCUGAUCACAAAGGAGAUGGAAUAUGUGAUUUGUUCACUGCGUUUCCGGUUCCUAAGCAAUGUCUUUGUCAAUAUGAUUGCUAGUUUCUCUCUAUGAAUGCAAAAUAGUGCUUCUUAAAUUGUAAUGGGUAAAUCUUUAUUCCAUUUAAUUAUGUGAUCAAAAGACUAAAAGUUUAAAUAAAGUGUUCCAACAUUCGAUAAAAUCGAGAAACAUGUUAUUUUAUUAUAAAAAAGAAAGUCUUAAAUAUAUUACCAUCAUUUAAAUAAAUUAGUGCGGUAUAUGAUAAGAAUUAUGAGUAAAAUAUGAUACUAGGACAUAAAGAUAUGUUAAAUCAUAUGACAUUGCUGUCUAUGGAGGUUGAUUUCUGAGCAAUUAGAGUUUUAGAGUUCCUCUCAGGUGUAGAAGAGGAACUGAGGAAGAAGAUGGAGAAAAAACCCUCGCCAUGUCGGAAUGUAAAACACAGUGUUUUGGAUAUUGGAUAAAGGUAAUUCUUAUAUUUUUGUCACUAUAUCAGUAUUUUGACUAUUUUCCAAUGUUAAUAUUGGAGAAAAUGUUUAUGAGAUAUUUUCGGCAUGGUGCAAGACAUAUCGUUAGGAAUGGAUUACAUAGGACGAUUCAGAGUGAUGCAGUCAAACGAUAAUCUUCAUAAAAUAGGUAGAUUUGUCGGUUGGUAUAUCGUCUAUGUAACGUUUUUCAUAGUUUAUAAAAAAAAUUAACAACUAUAUGGAUCAUUGGUUGAGUCGUUAACAAAUUAUAAUUUAUCUUUUUAUAUAUCUUGCUUGUAUAUCAUAUUUUAUAUUUUAGAUUUAAGUAUAAAAUUAUUUAAUGAACUAUAAAAAGUAGAUAUACAAACAAGAAUAAAUUAGAAAAAAAAUGUGGAUUUGGAUUACCAUUACUGCUUGAUUAAGAGAUUUAGAUUAAUUUAUAAUGAUUUAAACCAAUUUAAAUUAUAUUUAACUGCUUUACAACUGUUUAACCUGAUUUGAAUAGCUUAUUACAUUUUUUUUUAUAAUAUCGUUUUGUUUGAGAUCAAUUUUUAGAACAUUUGUAGUGUCUUACUAAUAAGAAGAUAUACCAGUAGCUUUUCAGAAAAUCUAAGGUUUCUAGUCAAACUGAAGAUAUGUUUCCUAUGUGGUAUUAAGAACUCUAUCAAGAAACAAGAACAUAAUCAUUCAUUAGAUUUUGACCCAAAAAAAAAAUCACUCAUUAGAUAAGACAUUAGUCACAUUAGUAAAAAAAUAUAUAUAUGUAUAUCUAUCUACUUUGACUAAGAACUACAUAUUUGCAAUUUGCCUAUAAAUAUAAUAAAAGCAUCUCUAUCAAUGAACUUGAGAAAGCUCGAUUUCCAAAACAGUUUUAUUGAUUUUUUAUUUUUUAUUUUUUAUUUUUUUCAUUUGACUUUAAAAAUAAAAAAUAAAAAUAAGCAGAUUAAUCGCGGACCGCCAAAUGUCAUGGAACCCGCGAAACAGUAAUGAUACCGCCUUUUACGGGAGAAGUUACAGGAUACGGAUUCACAAAAGACAAUUUAUUAUAUUUUUUUUUCUUGGAACUUGUGUAAACUUGAGGUUAAAACCUCCAAUGGACAUGCUCUAAUGUAAUCCUAAGCUCGAAAGCCUACUUUCAAUAUUUCCAACACCAAGAAAAAAAAUGAAGAUCUCUUUCUCUUCUAUUCUCCUCAUACUAAUUGUCAUUUUCAUCACUUCUUCUGG